AUGGCGGACCAACAUGAGGUCGACCUUGACUCGAUAAUCGACCGCCUCCUCGAGGUUCGUGGAAGCCGUCCCGGUAAGCAGGUGCAGCUUCUCGAGGCUGAGAUCCGCUACCUCUGCACCAAGGCUCGUGAGAUCUUCAUCUCCCAGCCCAUUCUUCUCGAGCUUGAGGCUCCCAUCAAGAUCUGCGGUGAUAUCCACGGACAAUAUUACGACUUGCUGCGUCUCUUCGAGUAUGGCGGCUUCCCUCCCGAGGCCAACUAUCUCUUCCUGGGUGAUUACGUCGAUCGUGGCAAGCAGUCCCUCGAGACCAUCUGCUUGUUGCUCGCCUACAAGAUCAAGUACCCCGAGAACUUCUUCAUUCUCCGCGGCAACCACGAGUGCGCCUCCAUCAACCGUAUUUACGGUUUCUACGACGAGUGCAAGCGCCGCUACAACAUCAAGCUAUGGAAGACAUUUACGGACUGCUUCAACUGCCUGCCUAUCGCCGCUAUCAUCGACGAGAAGAUUUUCACCAUGCACGGCGGUCUCAGCCCUGAUCUGAACUCCAUGGAGCAGAUUCGUCGCGUCAUGCGACCCACUGACAUUCCCGAUUGCGGUCUUCUCUGCGAUCUGUUGUGGUCUGAUCCCGACAAGGACAUCACAGGCUGGAGCGAAAACGACAGAGGUGUCUCCUUCACUUUUGGUCCCGACGUUGUGUCCCGGUUCCUUCAGAAGCACGAUAUGGAUCUGAUCUGCCGUGCCCACCAAGUCGUGGAAGACGGUUACGAGUUCUUCUCCAAGCGCCAGCUCGUGACCCUGUUCAGUGCGCCGAACUACUGCGGAGAAUUCGACAAUGCCGGAGCCAUGAUGAGUGUGGACGAGAGCUUGCUCUGCUCGUUCCAGUCAACUGACGAGACUCUCCUACAGAUUCUGAAACCUGCUGAGAAGAAACAAAAGUACGUCCCUGGUGGUCUCGGAGGCAACAGCCGACCAGUCAUCUCUCCCCGGAAGUCCGCUUCCAAGUGA